AUGAUCAAGCUUUGUGUGCUCACAAACCGCUCUGAGCGUUUGCGUUUCUAUGGUGAUAAGGAUACGCUGUUUUAUGGUCGUAUCUGCACGGGUUUCAAUUGUGAGCUGGUUGCCAUCUCGCCAGAGCGACGUAAUUGGCGCGGCAUAUUUAUAGCAUUGCUAGUAAUAGCAGCAGUCUUCAGUCUUAUAAUUUUCUCCAUAUUCCUGCUGUCGCCAGAGGAUGAAGGGCUGCGCAUACGCGGCCGUCACAUGGUGCUGACUGAUAUUUUAGGCAAAAGCUUGCAAUGGAAGCCCUUCAAUGGCACUUGGAGUAGUGACGUUGAACUGAUAUUUCGUGACCCGACGGGUGGUCUAUCUAUAUUAAAUUUAGACAAUUAUACAACGCGGGUCUUAAUGACCAACUCAACAUUCCGCCAAUUGAAUGCUGAAUCAUUUCUAGUAUCGCCAGAUCAAAAAUAUGUGCUUUUGCAAUCUGACAGCAAUGCGGAGGGCUCAAGACAUCACGUCUACGAAGUGCAAACAGCGAACACCUUCCCACUGGGACCAACAGAGAACAUAGCUGAACCGCCACGUCUGCAAUAUGUUACUUGGGCGCCCAAUUUCCAACCUACGCCAGCCACAACCACAACCACAACUACAACCACCACCACCACGACGACGACUACCACACCGUCCGCAAGCGCAACAACAACAGCCGCACGUUCAGCGGGCACUGCUGCGAAUGUGACAGCCGGCAAUGCGUCUGGUGGCAGCAUAUUGCUCAACAGUUUGGCGGGUGCGGCGACGGGUGGCGGUGCGUCUAUGAGCGGCGUUGGCAAGCCACCGCCUAGCAGUUUUCAAUUUUCAAAUGGUGGUGCCGUAAAAGCAUUCGGACAAAAUCAGGCAAUCGCCUUUGUGUACGAGAAUGACAUCUACUACAAGCCAAAGGUUCAAGGCGAACUUGUUUGUCGCAUUACAACAACAGGUCGCGCUGGUGUCGUCUACAAUGGCAUCCCGGAUUGGACGUAUGAGAACGUGCCGGAGCUGAAUGGGCGUAGCAGCGGGCUUACCUUUUCGCCGGAUGGCCUAUUUUUAGCAUUUCUCACAUUCAACGACAGCGAAGUGAAUGAGUACAAAUAUACCUGGAUGGGUGACGACAUUAAGUAUCCUGCCGUUUUGACACAACGUUACCCCAAGGCGGGCGAAAUCAAUCCAAAUGUCAGCGUUAAUGUGGUAAACCUCUCCGUUCUCAAAUACAUCUUCCCCACACAAAUCAAACUUCCAGCUGAUUUAGCGAACGGCAGCUACAUUGGCGCACUCACCUGGGCCACGCCCAUCGACCUCUCGUUCACGCUCACAAAUCGUGGUCAAACCAAGGCCACAACCGUUGUUUGUCGUGCGCCCGAUUUCCAUUGUCAGCCGGUACACACGGAAGUGACAGUAAACGACGGCUGGGUGCUGCCAGCCGAGCGUCCCAUCUUUUCAGUGCACAAUAGUGCACAUCUCAAGCGAACCCAGCAGCAAAUACUUGCGAAUGGACAAUAUGGCAACAAUAGCUUCCACAAUGUGAGCAACGGACAAACCACCUAUGAAAUAUCAAAUGGUGGCUAUCUACUCAAACGUCUUCCAGUGCGCGAUGGCGAACAUGGCCACUUCCGUCACGUCGUCUUCAUCUCAUCGUUAGAUCGUCGUUUCGUGCCGCUCACAAUGGGACGUUUCGAAGUCACCGAAUUGCUGGGCUGGGAUGAGACGCAUUCGAUUGUAUACUUUAUGGCAGCACCGGAAAAACGCCCCGGUGAACGGCAUCUAUAUAAGAUCAGUCUGAAAGUGAAUGUGACGCAGUCCAAUCGCACGUACAUCACAUCGACGCAGCCAACUUGUCUGACAUGCGACAAUACCAUAUCGACAUUUCAGUUGACAGCACAAGGCAUACGCGUAGAGGAUGGUGGGAAUCGUAGUGAUGAUGAGACGGAAUGUUACUAUGAUAUACCGAAGAAUUGUCUUUACAACAAAAUUUAUUUCAGCAAAGAUUACUCCUACUACGUGCAGGAGUGUUUAGGUCCCGAAUCGCCUAGUGUUUACUUGGUAGAGACACAAAGCAACAUGAAGACCUAUGUGCUAAAUGCGGGCUCCAGUUUAAGGCAUCGCCUAAUGCAGCUAGCUUUACCACAAAUACGUACAUUCAGCGUUGAAAUACGCCACGGCUUUCAUGCGCAAGUGCGACUCUACCUGCCGCCAGGUAUGCGCGAGGACGAAGAGGUCGCAUUUCCACUCAUCCUGCACAUCAACGCCGCGCCCGGUUCACAGCUAGUCACCGAAAGGUAUCAAGUCGACUGGAACUGGUAUUUGAGUAGUCAACACUCCAUGAUUGUCGCGCAAAUUGAUGGCCGUGGCAGCGGGUUUCAAGGUGAGCUGCUGCGCACACAAGUGCACGGCAAGCUGGGCACCGUCGAAGUGGAGGAUCAACUUGGCGUAUUAACUUACCUGCGCGAUAAUUUGAAAUUCAUCGAUCCGGCACGUAUUUGCGCCUACGGCUGGGGCUACGGUGGCUACGCCGCCACCAUGACACUCAUCGAUGAUUCGCAUCAGGUGCUGCAAUGCGCUGUUGCCGUCAACCCAAUCGUCUCCUUUGGCUAUCAUUACUCAUUUUUCACUGAACGUUACAUUCCGCUAAAGGGUGACUACUUGCGCGCUCUGCAGGAGGCCGAUUUGACGAUGAAAGCAGGCAAUAUUAAGAAUCGCAAUUUGAUGUUGAUACAUGGCACAGCGGACCGACUGGUGCAUCAGGAGCACACCUUAAUGUUGGUGCGUGCAUUGGUUGAUGAGCAAGUGAAGUUCAGACAUCAGGUCUAUCCCGAUGAGGAUCACGCGAUGACAAAAUCACUAAGCCACGUCUACAAAACAAUGGAAUGGUAUUUCGAGGAGUGUUUCGGCCCUAAUGACGACAGCGAAUGGGAUCCGACGAGACUGUUUGUGUUCAAACAAUAAUUAAUCAUUUACGGUAGAGAAGUAUAUUUGUAGAAACGCAACUAGUUAAAGUAGCAAGUCUAGAAAAUAUCUAGAAAGUAUGGAAACAAGUAAAAACAAGAAAAAACAGAAAAAAACACAGCAAAGUGAAUGUAUAAGUGUGUAUAAGUAGAGAAAAGGUAUGUAGUAAUUUGGUAAGCAAAUAUGUGAGUAAGAUAAUGGCAUACUUAAGGACAUACAUACGCACACCAUAUAUUGAGAAAUUUUGACUAUUUACUCACUUAUUUUUUUUUAUUUUAAUUCUUUUUUAUCAAAAAUAUAGUUCAUUCUAAGGCGAGGCAAUGGCGAUAGUUAGACAAGCUUGAAACUUUAUAAAGGGUGGUUAAGUUUGAAGGGCCGGUGUUGAUUUUGAAUAAAAUACAAUUUUCUUAGAAAAUUAUUGUCAUUUCUCUUUAUUAUGAUAAUAUUGGUAUGGCUCAAUUAUGGAUAAAAGAAAAUAUUGGCCAAAUUGCCGACGCAGCCUUGUCGGCACACCUCCAUCCAAUGGUCCAAAUUUUCGAUGACGCUGAGGCAUAAUUGAGGUUAUAUGCCGUUAAUGUGCCGAAUUAUCUCAUCCUUUAGCUCUUGAAUAGCUGUUGGUAUUUCUUUCAAAUAAUCCCAAAGAAAGAAGUCCAACGUUGUCGUUGACGUUUAGGUGUGGUUCACAUUCAAUAUCGGCCCUUGAAAUUUAACCACCCCUUACAAGAUUUGCAAAAAUGCGACAAAUUUUCAUUAAAAUAUUUAAUCAGAAAUUAAAAGAAAAAUUUGGGUAUGCAGUUUUAUAGCGCUUUAAAUUUUGGUAUGAAAAGCAAGUUUGCUAGGGCCUACUCGGUCUUGUGUUUAUCAUAUUUACCCGUUACGUAGAAUAGUAGAACAAAUCGACGAAUGGAGAUCCCCACUAUACUUACUGUUUGUAGUUUUCGAGAGCGUAUUUGACAGCAUUAAAAAAUACGCAAAAUGGAUUGCUCUUCGUCAUUUUGGUGUACCUGGAAAAAUCAUUGAUAUAAUACGCGAGCUCUACAAUAAUUCUGAAUGCAGAGCUCGUUUCAAAGGCAAGUAUAAGAAAAUGAUGCAUUCUCUCAACUCUUUAACUUAUCGCAGUACUGGAUUCUAUAAGUACAGGGUCUGGCACUCAAAGUGUAACCAAUUAUAAUAAAAAGACCCUAAAUUUGGUUUGGAAAAUUACUUUUUUUUAAUUCAAAGUAAAAAAUGUCUGAAAAUAAUACAAAAUUAAGAAUCAAUUUACUUUUGUCACCUUUGCCUUGACUAUGGCCUUGAGACGGUCUAGAAAUGAAUCGCAAGCUGCCCAAAUCUGACUUGCAGAUAUUUUGGCUUACUCGUGGACAAUGAUUUUUUCAGCGCCUCGAUACUGGUGAAUAUUUUAGUUCGUGCGUUGGGCUUCAAAAUGGCCCAAAGAGAAUAAUAAUCUGGUGAAUUUGAGAGCCAUUGUGUGAACGUUAUGAAGUUCUGAAGGUUGUUUUUUAACCAUUCUUAAUUCACUCGAGCUUUGUGAGAUCGUGCCGAGUCCUAUUAAAACGCCCAUGGUCUGCCUCUGAAAUGUUUGACUGCCCACGGAUUCAAAGCAACUUCCAGAAUACUUUCCCGAUAAUAUUUCACAUUGAACUUGACGCCAGGCUCGAUGAAAAUGAUUGGAGAGCGCCCAUCUGCGGUUAAGGUGGCCCAAACCAUUACCUACGGCGGGUGCUGAUUCCUGGUGGCCAAGCGAUGAUUCAAAUUCUCGUAUGAACGGUCGGUCAAAUAAACCCUAUCGCUUUGGGAGUUUACGAAUUGCUCCAUUUCAAAAAUUUUCUGGCCAGAAAAGACAAUGUUCGGAAAUUGCGCGCUUUCGGCCAAGCGAAGCAACUCCUUCGCUCUCUCAAGUCUGACUUGUUGCUGCUUUGGGUUGAGAUCUUGCGCCUUUUGGAUCUUAUAAGGCUUGAGUUUGAGAUCAUUUUUAAGUAUGCGGCGGAUGCUAUGGUCAAAUAUUUAUAUUUUCAGUUAUUUCGCCAUUUGAUUGGCUCUUCGUCGGGGAUUUCGCUCAAGUUGCUUCUUCACUUUUUGAACCAUUUCUCGUGACAUUACAGUCUUUUGAUGACCAUCUCCGAUUUUUUUCAUCUGAGUAGCAUAAUUGCCAAGAAUAGAGGUACUGAAAGCAACAUAUCCAACCGUAUAAAGUGCAAAUUUUUUAUAAAUUCAGCAAAAAUUUGGGCUUUAAGAAAUAUUAGUAGACGUACCAAACUAAGAAUUUUUAAUACGAGUUCAAAAACAGUCCAAACCAUACAGGUUAUGAAACCUGGAAAGUCAUAAACAGAAUCGGCCAAAGUAAGCAAACCUUCGAAGGAAAUGUCUUCGAAUGAGAAUCUUCUUGCACCAACAAUGUUAGAAUCUGUUAAUGUCGAGUUUAAACGCCAGAAAUAGCGAAAGGACAUCAUAAUUACAUCACUAAAAUGGCACUCGAGUAAAACCCCCAAGGUUUACGAAGAAGAGAACGACCCAAAAGUACAUGGAUAUGAAUGGUACAUGUGUGAAUGUCAGCAUAUUGGUGCUGGCUUCAUAUUCGGAAUCUUGAUAGAUGGAAUACGUUAGUCACCGCUCUAUGUUCCGACUAGGAACGACACUAAAUUGUAACUUUACAUAAAUUUUUUUGUAAUCAAUUUAUUGCCAAGGAAAUUUAAAAAAAAUGCAAUUCGAAUUUUCAUAAAUCUUGUACAAAAUUUAAAUCAAAUCUCAAGUUCACAGUUUUUGUUUUAAAAACCCCUAUAUUUCCCUCGAAACAUUUUUUUUUUUGUUAUUUUUUUUAUUAUUUUUUUACUUUUAUUUAUUUUUUAUCUAAUACGAAGAUGCUAUACACAAGACUUGCAAAGGAGUUAAUUACUGCUUGAGGUGGUGCAACUUCUUGCGUUUCAAGCUUUCAAACCAUUUGCAUUGGGCGGUAAGAUCUGAGGCCUCGCUGUUGACAUCUCAUCAAUCUACUCAUAUGAGAUAGAACAUUUUUCUAAUAACGACGGCAACGGGCGCUAUGUCAAAAUCGCGUUCAAGGUCGCCGAUGUGUGCAUAUCAAGGCACGUUAGUAGCGCAUCGCAAAACUUUAUUCUGGAACCUUUGGAUUUGAAGUACGUUGCUGGAGCUUGAGCCACCUCAUACUUGGAUCCCAUACCUUCAAAUUGGUUUUAGCAUUUGCUUAUGGAGAAGGAUUUUAUUGUAAGUGGAUAAAACGGAUCGAUUACCCAUAAGCCAAUACAUGGUUCUGAAUUUCAUUUCAAGUGUUUCUCUUUUCCUCUUUACGUUAGCACUCCAACUGAGUUUGGUGUCAAGUGUCAAAAUCAGGUAUUUAACCGUGUUAUGUAUGCGAGACUUGCACUCCAUUUAUUUAUUGCGGAAGAUAUCUCAUUUUAUUGCACGUGAAGUCAAUAUGAACGCAUUUUGUUUCAUUUAAUUUUAUGUGCCAAGUAACUGUCCACUCAUAGAUGCGGUUUAAAUGUUUGUGAAGAUUUUCAGUUGACUAUUUAAGAUUUUCACUUAACGAUGUCGUCUACAAAUAUUGCUGUGGCACAGUUCUGCUCGGUAGAAAAAUCGCAUGUAAAAAUUAGGUGAAGGAUGCGCCCCUCGGCAGGCAAUGGCAAACAUUCGGGUAUAUUUCUGCCCUGAAAAAAGCACCUCAUAAAAAAUAUCUGCCGUUCGGAGUCAGCUUGAAACUGUAGGUCUGUCCAUUUGUGGAACAACAUCAAGACCCAAGUCACCAACUCUAAUUUCUUUCGGGUUAGAAAAGUAAUUGAAAUUAAAAGAUAAAUAAGUAAAUAGUCAAAACAUCUCAUUAUGUGAUGCGUUUAUAAUAAUUUCCGGGGGUGUAUGUAUGCCUUUUGGUGUAGGCAAGCACAGAAGCGCUAUUUAUUCUAAGAAGGAAUAUAAAGGUUUUUGCAUUUUUUAAAAAUAUAUUAAAUUAGGUUUUUGUAUUUGAGAGCUUAGCAAGAAGUUAAACUAUAAGAAAGUUUAAUAAAGCUAAAGUUAUAAACUAUUACGUAAGUGGAUAAAUAAGUAAUAAAUAAAUAUAAAUAAUUAAACAAAACAAAAUGGUAAGAUGAGUAAACGAUUUGUAGAGAAGCAACACGAAAAAUGCAAGCAAAGAGAUUUAUUUGUGCGACUGAUUAUUGAAAUAUGCAUAAAAAUCUAAACAAAGAUUUAAAAUAAAAAUUAACGAAUGCAAUUAAUUAAAUGUGAAACAAAAUGAGAUUAAAUUUAAAAAAUUAA